AUGCUAAAUUUAGGACAGUUACCUACUGAAAUAGCGAUAAUACCUAGAUAUUUAAAGGUUUGUGUGACGUCAGAGGCGGAUGGUUUGUGCGCUAGUGGUGUGAACGAUGUCGAUAUAGGGGGCGGCCAGGGUUGGCCUCUUGAGGCCAUGCUCAAUAACCUCACUGCUACAGCUUUGGGAGCAGGUCACAAAGAGUCGUGCGGGGAGGAGAACAAAGUGCACGAGAUCAAGCCGAACAUCGAGCGUCCGCACCAUGCGCUCGGCGCGCGGCUGCAUAUCGCGCACAACAUACGAGCGGAACACUUGCAAGGUGGCAUCCACCAACAGCACAGCGGGGGGCAUAUGGCCACAGUGCCAGUCAGCAUGUCAUCAUCAGCAUCAGACAGUGACAAGCCUGCCAAACAGAAGAGGCAUCGGACGAGGUUUACGCCGGCACAAUUGAACGAGUUAGAGAGAUGUUUCUCAAAGACUCACUACCCUGACAUCUUCAUGAGAGAAGAAAUAGCUAUGAGGAUCGGACUCACCGAAAGUAGAGUACAGGUCUGGUUCCAAAAUCGCCGCGCGAAAUGGAAGAAACGCAAGAAGAGCACCAACGUGUUCAGGUCACCGGGCGCUCUGCUGCCAUCACAUGGUCUUCCCCCCUUCGGAGCUGGUGAUAUGUGCGGCCCUGGAGUAUUCGCCGAUAGACCCUGGUCUAUGCCAGCUGGCCUAGGCCAGCUUUCCCAGGGCGGUGUAUCGAUGAGUGGAUUUGGAGCAGGUGGUCUACCACAGCUAGCCGCUGACCUUAACCCUUCACUGCCUAUCAGCUCCGUAGCGUCAGGACAACCCUAUCAGGGCCACUACCCGCUGAAUUCGCUCGGAGACACGAUGAUGUCAUACUGCAACAACAUCACCGGUCAGCACUCCGGCGGCCCCCUAGAGGGGUCGCCCACACCGCCUCACAUGGCGCAUUGUGCCAACAACAACGCCUCGCCGACUGCUUCUGGUGGAGGAGGUGAGCCUGCUGAAGAAGAAGUAUGGCGUGGCCACAGCAUCGCGGCCCUCCGGCGGCGGGCCUCUGAACUGUCAGCAGCCAUCCCCCCCUACUUACAGCUCAACUACGACGCCCACAGCCCGGUGUACUGA